CCUUCCCUGUGGCGCUAUAUUUUAGGUUAGAUUCGGGACGUCCUCCCGCCCCUCCUGUGCCGCUGAAGUCCCCUGUCUGAGUAGGCUGUGGACAGAGCCCCUAUUGUUCCCAGCCCACUCCUGCCUAAUAUGGAAUUCGCAAGGAAACCAAUGAUUUCCUGACCCUGACGAUGCGUAGCCGCGUAGGGGCGAAUGUGGAAAGCUGUUUGGAGUAUGAAGGACUUAAACCGGAGCCAAAGCCACUGUUUUUGAAACAGUUUCGUCGUCGGAUCAGGAAAAUGUAAAAUAUCGGAAUGCAAGUUGUAGGAGUUAUCGUGAGUUUUCAUGAAACUGCAGUCGAUGGCGAGGGAUUGUUUUGGAAGCGCGAGCUAAAGCGUGGGUCACUUACUUGACGGAUUUGCCUGCGCACCGUACGACACGCCAACUCGAGUGUUUCAACUGGUCACACGAAGACUAACGUCUUAAAGAUUGGUAUUUCUAGUCGACCGAAGACUUGACUACCUGUGGAGGAUAUAGUUUCUGGACUUGUCCGACUAUCAUGCCUACUCUCAGCUCGAAAAGUAGGCAGAACGCAGUGGAAGCGGUUGAGGAUGGAGGCAGUAACAGCGAUCCUCUCGAUACUGUGGCCAAAAAGAUGUUGAAAUGUGUUGUGGUCGGCGAUGGAGCUGUGGGCAAAACCUGUUUGCUGAUGAGUUACGCAAACGAUGCUUUUCCCGAGGAAUAUGUACCAACUGUAUUCGAUCACUAUGCAGUUGUGUCAACACAGCCGUUCUCUCCCCCUCAUCACCCGCAACACAGAAUGAAAUAUUGAAUGUAACAGUGUCUGGGAGGCAGCACUUACUGGGAUUGUACGAUACUGCUGGACAAGAGGAUUACAACCAGCUGCGGCCCCUCUCCUACCCCAACACAGACGUCUUUCUCAUCUGCUUCUCUGUCGUGAAUCCAGCUUCCUAUCACAAUGUGCAGGAGGAAUGGGUACCUGAGCUUAAAUCCUGCAUGCCACAUGUGCCCUACAUCCUCAUCGGGACACAGAUUGACUUGCGAGAUGACCCAAAGACACUGGCACGUCUGCUCCAGAUGAAGGAGAAGCCACUGACCUAUGAGCAAGGCCUCAAACUAGCCAGAGAGAUUGGAGCCCAGUGCUAUCUGGAGUGUUCGGCACUGACUCAGAAGGGACUAAAGACAGUAUUUGAUGAGGCCAUCCUGACAAUCUUCAGCCCAAAGAAACAAAAACGGGCCUGCGCGGCCUGCAGGAGCUGUUGUGCUAUCGUGUGAGGAUAAAGCAUCUCCAACUGUGAACACCCACUCUUCUCCAAAGCUUUGGGCAGAGUAACAGACCCUAAACCGCCUCCAGUCUGCUGUACAUCCUUCCUUUCUCCAUCCGCCUGUUGUCCCUCAGGACAAUGAGCGGUCUUGCCCUCGGUUUGUAUGUCUCGUGGAGAGCUACACUGUCCAAAACAAGUGCCUUAAUUUUUCCCCCACGUUGCCUUACAGGAUUUGCUUCUCAAGCCAAAGAAGUCUCAGAUGGGACUGCGGUUUCUUGAACCGAUGUGGUGCGACGUCGCCAAUCUCCAAUCCAACAUUUCAGAUUCCGCUCUGAGCCAUUGGAUUUUUUUUUUAAACCGGCUAUAUUAUAUGGUUUCUCGAGGCUUAUGAAAAAAUGAAAAUCCAUUCCUCCGUACAAGCUGGUUUUCUCUCAGUCACCUCAAAUCAAUAUUGCGCUCUUUCUGGAAUCAAUGCUUCAGCAGUUCGAGCUAGUUAAUAAGGAAAAUUCUCUGGAGGAUGGCCAACUUAUCAAUAGAGGUAGAGCAGACAGAAAGAGAGAGAGACGAGAGUAAGGAAUGCAUCUUCCUUGGGUCAUUCAAAAUUAACUAUACUGAUAAACCGCUACGUAAAACAAUGUUAUCCAUCAAAAAGAGUGACAAUCAAGCACACUGUGUGAAGACUGAAGUCUGCCAGUGACAGGAUAAAGGGAAAAUGUAUCUCGUGACAACAUUAUCCCAUGAAUCAUUUACAUUUCCUUGUGUUUUUAAAACUGAGAUGCCCUGAAGUAUACCUAGUCACGUUUCUGUGAGCCAUCAGACCUUUAUCUUUAUACAGUGUAGGUGUAGAACAAUGAUGCCAUAAAAUGGUGCUGUAAUUGUUAUAUUUUUCAUACGCAUUUACAUUCUAAUUUUUGAAGGGGCCUGUAUUUUUUCUUCUCAAAUGACUCUGCCUACACAUAUUUUUAAAAAUGCUCUCAUUUUCCUCUAUUAAAAAUGAGCCGAUGGAGGACUAAAAGUAUGGAGUACUGUACGUGCCACUUAAAAUAAAAUGAAGAAAUCAAAAUCAAUCCAAAAUUAAAAUCGAUAUAUAGAUAAAUCUUAGAUAAAUCAGGUUUCAAAUGAUGACAUAUUUUAAACAGUUUAUUUCAUUAAUGUUAAAAAUAAUAAAUUAUUUGAAAUGCAAUCUAACCUGGAAGUUACCAUUACUCAAGUCUCAGACAUCACAUUCAUGGAACGUUGGCUGAAUGUCCGAUGAAUAAGGCGCGCAAAAUGGGAAACACUUUGGGAAUUCUUCAAGUCGUCAUCCGAUUGGUUAAAUUCUACAGGAUUUCUGCAUUCUUUAAUGGUCCACCUGGAAAUAAAACCGUUGUGACGUCAAACGCCCUCAUGUUUACAACUGACAUUUUCCCUGAAAGUUUGAGUUAGAAUAGUUUCCAAGAGUGUGAUUUUAAACAGAUCGAGGCUGUAAAAGCAGACUAUUGAGCAGACGUGUUUUCCUGUUUAGCGUGAUGGUGCCUCCGUAGUCUCAUUUAGCCACUUGUUAGCAACUGCCAUUUUCAAGACAAGUAAAAGCUUUAAAAAUGUCACGAGGGGGUAUUACUGGUGUAUUGUAUGUCGCAGAAUAACACAGGAAAAUAUUUUAAGCUUGUGUUCACCGUAGACCUUAUUUGAGGCAUUAAAACAAAAACCUGAUUAACAUUUGCCUACAAAAAUACAUCAUCCCUGCAGCACUGUAUGAUUUUAGUUUAAUUUAACAUUUUAAACAUUAAUUAAAUGUAAAAGGUCUACUUUUUAAAAAAUGAAAGGUCAUUUUCCUUUAUAUUUUCAUUUUAAUUUAUAUAUUUUUAUUAUUAUUAUGAUUUUAUUUUUAAGUGACACUCAUAGUCCUCCACGUGAUCUGACACUGUGAAAAAAAACAUCACUCUCACCCUAUCACUCUCUAUUUCAGCUGAAGUACUCAUGUAUUUACUGUGGACCAGGCUUAUACAUUGACUAACUGCUCAGUUUUGCCUCUGGCUGAAGCCACCCCCUUAUUUUCCCUUUUAAAGAUCAGCUCAAACACAAAUGGCUUUGUUCUUCAGACUUGUUUUUUUCCUCAGGCAUGUAGUGUGGUCAUGCUGUAAACUGCACCGCUGAUCAUGGACUCUCAGCAGUCCUGCCCUAAAUAUGUGGCCUUUUCAAAAUCCCUACUGUGUUUUGGUACAAGCGUCAAAUAAUAUGGAAAAUAUUAUGUGUAGCCCUUACACUUUUGUUUUGGACAUGUGUUGAACAAUGUAUAGGUUAACCAACAGUUCAAGCAUCCAUUUUCACUUACCAAAAGCUGUCCUGUGAGUACUUGUAGUUCUCAGACCACCAUGUUAUGGACAUCAGAACUGGUACUGAUUACUUCUGAUUGCUCUUCACAUUAGUCGUUCCUUAGUUUGACCUCAGGGACUUCUUUCCGGAGCCUGCAAGGUGCUAGCAACCAUCCUCGGGCUGAGGAAUCAAGCCUGCUCCACAGAGAGGAAGAAUGAGCCGUCAUUCACUUGCCUUUAAUGUAGCAUAGAGUUUCUUUCUUCACUCAGUUUAAGUGCACUUACAACACUGUGCCUUGCAUUGUCCUAUGCAAUAGUUUAUAUACUGUAAUGCUAAUGAGAAGACCAGUUUUCAGUCGCUGGUUGAAAGAGCUAUAACUUGAACUCAGUCUUGAACUCAACUGUAAACUUAUAUUUAAUAUUUUUAAUGUUUUUUUUCCUUUAAAUUUCAUGCAUUGAUUUAUAUGCUUAAGAAACAUGACAGCUUUCUUUGCCAAAACUAAAAAUGUGUUGUAAAUAUACACAGAGUGAUUAAAGCUUGUGAUAAAACUUUAGAAUUGUCUUUGAAAUAUUCAUUCAUGAAAGUACUCACUAGUUUUUCCAAUACCUGGAGGUCCACCGUCAUGCCAAAAACUGCUUUUGUGAAGCAACAUACUAUCGGCUAAUAUUGCUUGCCGUUAAAUAUUCGUUUUGGAUUUAUGUAGCCUACUUUUUGAAUGAUGUCAAGGCUAUUGGCAAAUGAAAGGUGAAAUGCUUCCAGUGACAUCCAUGGAGACAUUAUUUUACCUGUACAAAACAGUCUGUUGUGCUAGUUUAUAUUGUUGAAAAUAAUUUUAAUGUAUUAUCAUAGUCAUAAACACACUGCUUGGCGUAGAUAGUUUUACCGUUCUUCCAGUUUAUCUCCCACAUUCAAAUAAAAUAACUUCCUUUACUUCUGCGUUGCAAAAUGAAGUGCGGAAGUUGACAUCUCCACAUAAUAAGAACAUCUUUGGUCUUCAUGGCUAUUUAAAGGGAUAGUUCACCUAA